AUGAAGUUAUUCAGUAAAGAAAGUAGUACUACCGUUGAUAUCGAAAGAAUUUCAGAUGCUGCCGAAUCUAUUGCAACUGAAAAAAUCAACCAAUACAAAGACUUUCACGCCAGAAUUGAUGUGGAGAAGCACGGAGAGACACAGAGGAGGAUCACGCCGCGUCAUGUGAGCUUAAUGAUUAUAGGUCAGUCCAUUGGAAGUGGUUUGUUUCUUGGUGUUAGAACUCCCUUGAAUAAAAGUGGUUCUUUGUCGUUUUUUUUGGCAUUCACUAUAUGGGCAGUAUUUGUCGUCUACCCCUUAAUGCAAGUUGUUGGGGUCAUUUGUUGCUACUUACCCAUUAAGGGUUCCUUUAUUCAUUAUAGCGCCAGAUAUGUUGACCCGGCUCUUGGAUUUGCUUCGUGUAUAAUCUACAUUUAUACAUGUAUGAUGUUUGUUUGUCUCGAAGCUACAGCUGUUGCACAGGUGAUUGGUUUUUGGACUGAUGUUAAUCCUGGUGCAUGGAUUACCAUCUGUAUCGUGAUCUAUCCGCUUAUCGGAAUCUUUGGUUCAAAUGUCUACGGAGAAGUGGAGUUUUACUCGUCAAUUUUGAAAUUGGUUUUGGUCAUGGGUUUGAUGCUUUUUUCACUUAUAUCAAUGUGUGGCGGAAACCCCCAAGGAAAAGCAUACGGAUUUCAACAUUGGAAAGAAGGUGGUUUGUUUAGAGAAUAUUUGGUCGGUGGUGAUACUGGAAAGUUUUUUGCAUGGUGGAGCUCUUUAAGAUGGGCUGCAUUUGCUGCCGGUGGCCCAGAUGGAUUUUCGAUGCUUGCGUCUGAAGUACAACGACUGAGGACAACCAUGCCAACCUCAGCAAAACGAGUUUACAUUAGAGUUUAUCUAUUCUAUAUUGGAGGUGUCUCUUCUCAAUUGUUUAAUUUCAUCAGUGAAUGAAAGAUUAGUUGAGCAGUAGUCAACAGGAUCAACAACCUCAGCAGGAUCUCCAUGGGUCAUUGGUAUGGAAGAUAUUGGAGUUAAAGGUUUGGCUUCAGUUAUCAACGCAUGUGUUAUGACUUCAGCAUUCUCCUGCGGUAAUGCAUUCUUUUGUUGUUCCACCAGGUCACUUUAUAGUGCUUCAUUGGCCGGUUACUUGCCACGAUUUUUAUCAAAGUAUUUGAAAAAUGGGUCUCCAGUUUACUGUGUUCUUGUCACUUUUGCAGUAUCGUUCGUCGCAUAUUUAAAUGUAAAUGAAGAUGGAAUGGUGGUCUUCAAUUGGUUUGUCAAUUUAUGUGCCACAGGAUUAUUAUUGGCAUACAUUUGUAUGUGGUGUUCAUAUUUUCAAUUCCGCAGGGCAUGGGAGGCUCAACACAAGACCAAAAUGAGAAACCCGGAGUAUCCCUAUUUCACCGGCCCCAAAUGGUUGCAUCCUGUUCUAACUUACUUGGGUAUGACAUUUACAAUAUUGGUGGUUUUCUUUAAUGGAUUCUGGAUCUUUUUCCCUGGAAAUUUUAAUGUAUCUAAUUUGUUUACAAGUUACUUUGCCUCAGCUUUCUUUGUUUGCUUAUUUUUAUUUUGGAAGGUCUAUAAAAAGACCAAGUUUAGAACACCUUUGACUGCUGAUAUCGUUAGUGGUAAGCAAAAAAUGGACGACGAAGAAGAGGUUGAGGAAAGAGAAUAUGCCGUAAAACAAGCCGAGUAUGUCACUGCAGUGUGGUAUGUCAAAGCAUGGAGGUGUUUCUACAACCUAUGCUUCAGCUAA